AUGGGAGCAAUCACCAUGGACCUAAAGUCUCUCUGGGCAGGUGCAGUGGUCUUGCUGCUACUUCAGGGAGGAUCUGCCUACAAACUGGUUUGCUACUUUACCAGGUGGUCCCAGGACCAGCAGGAACCAGGAAAGUUCACCCCUAAAAAUAUCUAUCCCUUCCUAUGCUCUUACCUCAUCUACUCAUUCACAGGCAUCAGUAACAACAAGAUCACCAUCAAGGGCAAGAAAAGUGCAAUGCUUUACCAGACCAUCAACAGUAUCAAAACUGAGAAUCCCAAACUGAAAAUUCUCUUGUCCAUUGGGGGGUACAAGUUUGGUUCCAAAGCUUUCCACCCCAUGGUUGAUUCUUCUACAUCAUGCUUGGAAUUUAUCAACUCUGUAAUCCCAUUCCUAAGGAAUCAUAACUUUGAUGGGCUGGACAUAAGCUGGAUCUACCCAGGUCUGAAAGACAGCACUCAUUUCACUGAGCUGAUUCAUGAGUUAGCUGAAGUCUUUCAGAAGGACUUCAUAAAUUCCAGAAAAGAGAGGCUUCUCUUGACUGCAGAAGUGUCUGCAGGGAGGCAGAUGAUUGAUAACAGCUAUCAGAUCAAGAAACUGGAAAAAGAACUAGAUUUUAUCAACCUUCUGUCCUUUGACUUCCAUGGAUCUUGGGAAAAGCUCCUCAUCACUGGCCACAACAGCCCUCUGAGAAAGGGGCAAGUAGACAGAGGGACAACCUCAUACUACAAUGUGGCAUAUGCUGUGGGAUACUGGAUAAACAAGGGAAUGCAAGCUGAGAAGGUGGUCAUGGGCAUCCCCAUGUAUGGAAGCACCUUCACACUGGCCUCUGUAGAAACCACCGUGAGGGUCUCUGCUUCCGGGCCUGGAGCUUCUGGGCCCAUCACCAAGUCUCCAGGCUUUCUGGCCUAUUACGAGAUCUUCCAGUUCCUGCAAGGAGCCAAGAUCACAAGAAUGCAGGAUCAGCAGGUUCCCUAUGCAGUCAAGGGAAACCAGUGGGUGGGCUAUGAUGAUGUGGAGAGUGUGGAGACCAAGGUUCAGUUUCUAAAGAAUUUAAACCUGGGAGGGGACAUGAUCUGGUCUAUUGACAUGAACGACUUCAUGGGCAAGUCCUGCAGCCAGGGUCGCUACCCCCUUGUCCAGGCUGUCAAGAGAAGCCUCGGCUCUCUAUGA